CGCAGCAGCAGCAUCCGAUGGAGCAGCAGCAGCAGCCGUAUCACCCGCAGCACCCUGCCAUGAUGCGGCUGUACGAGGUCCAGAAGGAGGUGGCGUCUCUGGGCCCUCAGGUCUGCACCUUCAGCGGCCUGCAGAACGACCGGGACUACAAGCGUCUGGAGCGCGAGCUGACGCGGCUGCUGCUGGACGUGGACCAGGUGGACACGGAGGGCAAACCGGAGCUGCAGGGCGCACGGAAGAGGGCGGCGCAGGAGGUGGAGGGGCUGCUGCGCUACCUGGAGGAGAACGCCACUCAUCCGUCCCGUCAGGCCAUCGAGGAGCUGAGCAACGAGGCGCGGCGGCUGGUGGACGAACGCGUGGUGGCACCUCAACGAUCCGGCGGGGCGGCGGAAAUAAACGACGAGCUGGUGGACGCUCUGCAGGAGCUCGUGCUGAGGCUCACGCAGGUCAAGACCGAGGGGAGGGUGCCACUCCGCAAGGCACGCUACCGGGCGCUGACGCGUCUGUGCGCCGUGCAGGACGUGAUCGAGGGCCGCACGCAGCAGCAGACGCUCUCCCUGCCGCUCUCGGGGGACACCCACGAGGCCGUGCACCACAUCAACCAGGUGAUGGUGAAGGUGAGCGUGGCGCGCAGUCAGCUGGUGGCUCUGCUGAUGGGACUGAGUGGGAGGGACAGCUGCGCACACCUGUCACGGAUCCUGACGGAGAUGCAGGUGGAGCUGGACGCUCUGGACGUUUCCGGGAACGCGGCGAUCAGAAAUUACCGGAAACAAGUGGUGGAGGAGAUAAACGGGCUGCUGAAACACCUGGACCUGGAGGGGGAGGGAGAGGACACACGCAGAUACGACUUGGCGCAGAACAACUCCAUCCGUGAGAUCGAGGCGGUGCGAGCUCACGUCUCCCACCUGCGAGAGGGCGUCCUGCGGCACUGCGUGAUGGGAGAUCUGAGCUUCAGGCCCAAAGCCGAGCUGCAGAGCCUCCUCACCCACCUGGACCAGGUGGACACGGCCAAGAACCCGUGCAUCAGAGAGGCCCGCCGCCGCGCCGUGGUGGAGGUCCAAGCCAUCAUCACCUUCCUGGACCUCCGCGAGGCCCUGGCCCGCCGCCAGCCGGGCCCCAGCGAGCACCCGUCGCACCGGGCCGUGUGGCUGGUCCUGGGGAGCCUGUCGGACCUCCAGGCCCAGGUUCUGGGCUUCGACGGCAAGCGGGCCGACAAGAGCUACAUGAUGCUGGAGGAGCUGCUGACCAAACAGCUGCUGACGCUGGACGCCGUGGACCCGCAGGGCGACGAGACCACCAAGAUGGCGCGGAAGCAGGCGGUGAAGUUCGCCCAGAACAUUCUCAACUACCUGGACAUGAAGACGGACGAGUGGGAGUAUUGAUUGAUUUAAAAAAACAACACACGGAUCACAGCGUUGCUAGGCGGGUUGCUAGGC